AUGUUUCCUCCAGCACCGGCCUGCUGUCACUCAAUCUGCCUUCGACCAAUCAGAGCGGGCCUAAACUCCUCCCUCCCUGCAGAGUAUCGGAGUCUCGGUGGAGAGGAGGAGAGUUCUCCGUCUUUCUGCUGGCCUCUCUGAGUCCAUCUGUAGCUCUCUCCUUCUGCAGAGCUGCUCACUCGCCCCCAGCUCUACAAUGGAGAGAGGUGUAAUGUUGGCUGUGUGUCUGCUGUGCUGGAGCUGCAGCGUGUGUGUGGUUACAGCAAUCAAGAGAGCUGAUAUGUUUCCUUAUGGCACUUUGAGUGGAGAUUUGAUUUUGGCAGAGGGCGACGAUGAAACCUCUAGAGUGCUGUCCCUGCCCAAACCCUUAUACUUCUACGGUUCCCUCUUCUCCCAGCUCUAUGUGGCCACCAAUGGUAUCAUAUCAGGCCAGGACCUGCCGAUGGAAAAGCAGUACGUUGACGACGGCUUCCCCACAGAUUUCCCCGUGGUGGCUCCGUUUCUGGCUGACAUCGACACCAGCGGAGGGCGUGGACAGAUUUAUUACCGAGUGACCGAAACGCCCAGCGUACUCAACAGAGUGGCCCAGGAAGUACAUCGAGGGUUCCCAGAUGCAAAAUUCACACCCACACAUGUUGUGGUUGCAACAUGGGAGAACGUUGCGGCAUACGAAGAACAAACUCGAACCGCUGGACCUUCAAACAAGGUCAACACGUUCCAGGCAGUAAUUGGUUACGAUGAGACCGACUCAUAUGUUCUCUUCCUCUACCCUGAAGAUGGCCUGAACUACUUUGGGACUCGCCCCAAGGAGUCUUAUAAUGUUGAGAUAGAGCUUCCUGCUAGAGUUGGCUUCAGCAGAGGAGAAGUCACAUAUCUGAUCUUCUCCCGAACUGAGGGACCGCACUACAGCGUCACCAGCGAUGAGCAGAGUGUUAAAAACCUUUACCAGGUUGGUAAUACAGGAAUUCCAGGUGUUUGGCUUUUCCACACUGGGAACCGUUACUCUUUUGACAACAUUGUUCCUGCAUCCAUCGGUGGCCUCCUUGAUACUCCACCAACUGGAGGACAUGGCCUCUCCCUGGACAGCACCACCCCUGAGUACGGUGAGUUUGAGGAAUAUCCAGAUAACACUUUUGACUCUGAUAACCAAGAGGAAGAAGAUGAUUACCCUCAUACAGGCGGGGACCCUGAAUUCCAGCCAGCCCCUGCUGGUGGUGACCACUCAGAAUCCCUACAACCAGCAAGUCCUGAUGCUCCCUCUUCGCCUUCAGAGGAUUCUGGUAAUCAGUUGUCGUACGGCAGCGAAGAUGUGCCACUGACCUCUGAACCCAGGUACAAUUCAGAGCCAGCAGAGAGGCAGUAUGCUCCCCCUAAUCCUCCAGAAAGAGUACCAGAGGGAGAUGCUCAGCGGACUCUGAAACGGCAACCACAGGUUCCUCUGGAGGUGGUGGAUGUCUACCCCUCUCACAGAAAUGAACACCCUCAUUCCCCUGGAGGUCACGUGGUCAGCGUGGAGGGAGACGAUGUUGAUUUUGACACAGGUGUGAUUCAGUACACUACAGAGAAUAAGGAAACAUGUGCCAGAUUCCAACAGCAGUGCUCUCAGAAUGCAUUUUGCUCCGACUACGCCACAGGCUUCUGCUGUCACUGCCGGCCUGGCUUCUAUGGAAACGGACGCCACUGUCUACCUGAGGGUGCUCCACAGCGUGUUAGCGGUAAAGUGAGCGGAACAGUGACCGUGGGUUCGACUCCAGUGGAGCUGAACAACAUUGAUCUUCACGCCUACAUCGUGGUGGGAGAUGGCAGAGCGUAUACUGCCAUCAGCCAGGUACCCGAGCCAGUGGGCUGGGCUCUGAUGCCACUUGCACCAAUAGGAGAGCUGUUUGGAUGGCUAUUUGCUCUGGAGCUGCCCAAUAGCCAAGCAGGAUUUAAAAUCACAGGUGCUGAGUUCACUCGUCAUGCAGAGGUAAUCUUCUACCCUGGCAACCAGCGCCUGUCAAUCGUUCAGACGGGCCAUGGCCUUGACGACCACAACCACCUCACUGUGGAUACUGUAGUUAGCGGCAACGUGCCCUUCCUGCCCCCUGGAGCUGAGGUUACCAUGGAUCCCUUCAAGGAGACCUACCAGUACUACCCAUCUGUUGCCACCUCCUCCUCUGUCAGGGAGUUUUCAGUCGUUUCAGCAGAGCGGGGCUCAGAGUCCUUCUCCUUCCAGCUGAAGCAGAACAUCACCUACCGCGACUGUCGACAUGACAACCGUGCCGCUGUCCUGGAGACGCUUCAGAUCACCAUGGAGAGGGUGUUUGUAAUGUACGUCAAGGAGGAGCGGAUCCUGAGAUAUGCUAUCACCAACAAGAUCAGCCCAGUCAGAGUUGACCCAACAGGGCCGGAGCUGGUCAACCCCUGCUACGCUGGGAACCAUGACUGUGACACCACGGCCCAGUGUAUCCCACUGGAGGGCCAGGUCUUCCAGUGCCAGUGUGCUACUGGUUACAGAGGAGAUGGACACAACUGUUACGACAUAAAUGAGUGUGAUGAGGGCUUGAGUUCAUGUGGUGCUCAUUCUCAGUGUGUGAACCUGCCUGGUAGCCACCGCUGCCAGUGCCAGAGUGGCUAUGAGUUUGGAUUCGACGGGCGUACCUGUGUUGAUAUAGAUGAAUGCAGCUCCACUCCAUGUCACAUCAGUGCCAGAUGUAUCAAUGGACUGGGUUCCUUCCUGUGUCAGUGCCAGCCUGGGUUUUAUGGAGAUGGUUUCUACUGUUCCCAGACGGAAGGACAGACAGUUCGCCCAAGGAGCCAGUGUGAGCAACACAGAGACAGGCUGCAGAGUGGAAUGGAACAAGGUGGUCCACCGAGUCCCGGGGCCUUCAUCCCUCAGUGCGACUCUGAUGGACGGUACCAACCAUUGCAGUGUCACGGCUCCACUGGACAUUGUUGGUGUGUGGACUUUAGGGGACAGGAGAGAACAGGAACCAGGACACCACCUGGUACAGCACCCAAAGACUGUGACAGACCAGAUGAACCAGUGCGUCCUAAAACUCACUGUGAGCACCACAGAGACAGUGUACAGACCACCAGUCCAGGGGGAUAUCCUAUAGUUGGAGCCCAUGUACCCCAGUGUGACGCUAAUGGACAGUACACACCUUUGCAGUGCCAUGGUUCCACUGGACAUUGUUGGUGUGUGGACGGUAAUGGACAGGAGAGAGCCGGAACCAGAACACCACCUGGUACAACACCCACAGACUGUGACAAACCAGAUGAACCAGAACGUCCUAAAACUCACUGUGAGCACCACAGAGACAGAGUACAAACUACCAGUCCAGAUGGAUAUCCUGUUGUUGGAGCCUAUGUACCCCAGUGUGACGCUAAUGGCCAGUACAGAUCAUUACAGUGUCAUGGUUCCACUGGCCAUUGUUGGUGUGUGGACGGAAGGGGACAGGAGCGAGCAGGAACCAGGACUCCACCUGGUACACCGUCUGUAGACUGUGACAGACCAGGUGAACCAGAGCGUCCUAAAUCUCACUGUGAACACCAUAGAGACGGAGUACAGACCACCAGUCCAGAGGGAUAUCCCAUAGUUGGAGUCUAUGUACCCCAGUGUGACACUAAUGGACAGUACACACCACUGCAGUGCCAUAGCUCUACUGGACAUUGCUGGUGUGUGGACAGUAGGGGACAAGAAAGAGCAGGAACCAGGACAUCACCUGGUGCACCACGAACAGACUGUGACAAACCAGAUGAACCAGUGCGUCCUAAAACUCACUGUGAGCACCACAGAGAAAGAGCUCAGACCACCAGCCCAGAGGGAUAUUCUAUAGUUGGAGCCUAUGUACCCCAGUGUGAUGCAGAUGGACAGUACACAUCUUUGCAGUGUCAUGGCUCCACUGGCCAUUGCUGGUGUGUGGAUGGUAGGGGACAGGAGAGAGCUGGAACCAGGACUUCACCUGGUACACCAUCUGUAGACUGUGACAAACCAGAUGAACCAGAGCGUCCUAAAACCUACUGUGAGCAGCACAGAGACAGUGUACAGACUACCAGUCCAGAGGGAUAUUCUAUAGUUGGAGCCUAUGUACCCCAGUGUGAUGCAGAUGGACAGUACACAUCUUUGCAGUGUCAUGGCUCCACUGGCCAUUGCUGGUGUGUGGAUGGUAGGGGACAGGAGAGAGCUGGAACCAGGACUUCACCUGGUACACCAUCUGUAGACUGUGACAAACCAGAUGAACCAGAGCGUCCUAAAACCUACUGUGAGCAGCACAGAGACAGUGUACAGACUACCAGUCCAGAGGGAUAUUCUAUAGUUGGAGCCUAUGUACCCCAGUGUGAUGCAGAUGGACAGUACACAUCUUUGCAGUGUCAUGGCUCCACUGGCCAUUGCUGGUGUGUGGAUGGUAGGGGACAGGAGAGAGCUGGAACCAGGACUUCACCUGGUACACCGUCUGUAGACUGUGACAAACCAGAUGAACCAGAGCGUCCUAAAACCUACUGUGAGCAGCACAGAGACAGUGUACAGACUACCAGUCCAGAGGGAUAUCCUAUAGUUGGAGUGUUCGUACCUCAGUGUGAUUCAAAUGGACAAUACACAUCCCAACAGUGUCAUGGCUCCACUGGCCAUUGUUGGUGUGUGGAUGGUAGGGGACAGGAGAGAGCUGGAACCAGGACUCCACCUGGUACACCGUCUGUAGACUGUGACAAACCAGUUGAACCAGAGCGUCCUAAAACCUACUGUGAGCAGCACAGAGACAGUGUACAGACUACCAGUCCAGAGGGAUAUCCUAUACGAGGAGUGUUCGUACCUCAGUGUGAUUCAAAUGGACAAUACACAUCCCAACAGUGUCAUGGCUCCACUGGCCAUUGUUGGUGUGUGGACAGUAGGGGACAGGAGAGAGCCGGAACCAGGACUCCGCCUGGUGAAUCAGCUGUAGACUGUGAUAGACCAGUUGAACCAGAGCGUCCUAAAACUCACUGUGAGCACCACAGAGACAGUGUACAGACCACCAGUCCAGAGGGAUAUUCUAUAGUUGGAGCCUAUGUACCCCAGUGUGAUGCUAAUGGACAGUACACACCACUGCAGUGUCAUGGCUCCACUGGACAUUGUUGGUGUGUGGACAGUAGGGGACAGGAGAGAGCCGGAACCAGGACUCCGCCUGGAACACAACGCAAAGACUGUGACAGACCAGAUGAACCAGAGCGUCCUAAAACUCACUGUGAACACCACAGACACAGAGCUCAGACUAUCAGCCCAGAGGGCUAUCCCAUAGUUGGAGCUUAUGUGCCCCAAUGUGAUGCUGAUGGACAGUACCUACCACUGCAGUGCCACAGCUCCACUGGACAUUGUUGGUGUGUGGACAAAAGGGGACAAGAGCGAACCGGAACCAGGACUCUACAUGGUACACAACCCAAAGACUGUGACAGACCAGAUGAACCAGAGCGCCCUAAAACUCACUGUGAGCACCACAGAGACAGAGUCCAGACCACCAGUCCAGAGGGAUAUCCUAUAGUUGGAGCCUACCUACCCCAGUGUGAUGCAGAAGGACAAUACCUACCUCGACAGUGCCAUGGUUCCACUGGACAUUGUUGGUGUGUGGAUGGAAGGGGACAGGAGAGAGCAGGAACCAGGACUCGGCCUGGUGCACCGUCUGUAGACUGUGACAGACCAGUCCCUGUUGCUCCAACCCAGCGCCCUGAGAGUGUGUGUGAGCGAUGGAGGACCAGUUUAAUUGAGCACUAUGGUGGAAAACCAGAUGCACAACAAUACGUGCCUCAGUGUGAGCCAGAUGGACAAUUCAGUCCAGUCCAGUGUUAUGGAGAGACUACUUACUGCUGGUGUGUGGACCAAGACGGGCGGGAGGUUCCUGGUACCCGAUCACAUGAUGUCGUCAAACCUGCAUGCCUUCCCUCAGUGGCUCCGCCCACAGUGCGCCCAUUGCCCCGCCCAGAUGUGACCCCUCCGACAAACACUGACAUCACACUGCUGUACGCUCAGGGACAGAAAAUAGGAGCGUUGCCUCUCAACGGGACCAGACUAGAUGCAACCCGGUCUAAAACACUACUCACUCUACAUGGUUCCAUAGUUGUUGGUAUAGCCUAUGACUGCAAAGAAAACCAAGUCUAUUGGACAGAUUUGUCUGCAAGAACAAUCAACAGAGCUUCAAUGGCAACUGGUGCUGAGCCUGAGAUACUCAUUAACACAAAUCUGGUCAGUCCAGAGGGUCUGGCGGUGGAUGUCAAACGUAGGUUGAUGUUCUGGGUCGACUCAAACCCUGACAUCAUUGAAAGCGCCAACCUGGACGGCAGUGGGAGACGGACGCUGUUUGACACAGACUUGGUCAACCCUCGAGCCAUCAUAGUGGUCUCUUCCACCGGCACUCUGUACUGGACAGAUUGGAACCGAGAGGCUCCUAAGAUCGAGAGUUCGUCAGUAGACGGUCAGAACCGCAGGGUGGUGGUGUCUGACGGGAUCGGUUUGCCAAACGCUCUCACGUAUGACUCUUCUUCUGGACAAGUCUGCUGGGCCGACGCAGGUACAAAGCGUUUGGAGUGUGUAUCCCCGGAUGGUUCAGGCCGAAGAGUGGUCCACCCCAGCCUCAACUACCCGUUCAGCAUGGUCUACUACAGGAACCACUUCUAUUACUCUGACUGGAGGAGGGAUGGAGUGAUCGCAGUGAACAAAGACAGCAGUCAGAUCACUGACGAAUACCUGCCUGAUCAGCGCUCUCACCUGUACGGCAUCGCCAUUGCAACCACCCACUGUCUAUCAGGGAGCCACUAACGGCAGACUGGCAGCUGCAGGGUCCUUUGGUGCUAAAGUUCUGGGGCGAUUACUGAUCAGAGGGCAGGACCACGUUAAAAAGGUCCCUCUCCAGUGUCACCCAGACGAAAAGGAAACUCAGUAGGGCGCAACAUGGCUUCCUGUUGCCAGAUCGACCGUCGGAGCAAAUUUACAACCCCCUCCACUCACCCUGACCCCAUUAUCUCACCUUAAAGAUAUAACCCCAAAAUAAAUGUUUUGUAAAUUUGUUUUAUACCUCAUUUUUAGUUUUUUUUCUACUGUAUUUUUGUAUGCAAGUUGUUUUUUUUCUAAUCGAUUUAAAGCUAUAGAACAAUGAAAUCAGAUUUUAAAAUGUAUGCGUGUGCACAUUUCUUGUUCUUUAAAGCCAAAGAAGAAUCACUUGAAGAGCUUUCAAACUGUUUGAGCCAAAGUUCUGUUGUGAAACUGAGCAUCAGAUUUCGUUUUGGUCAGCAGCUGGCCACAGUGGCUUUUUAAAUACAGUCAAAUUAUUUAGCUGUGGAUUCUGUACAAAAAUAUAAACAGGAAAAAUGAAUAGUUUAGUGUUUGGGAAAUGGUAUUAUUCACCUUCUUGAUGAGUUUGAUGAGAAGAUUGAUACUACAGAUAUGAUAGUAGUAGAAAUCUUCUCAUCUAACCCAAGGCAAAAAAGCAAAUAAGCUUAGUGUCACCAUGACAACUGAAAAAGAUUUACAAGAAUUUAACUGAUGGAAGUCAAAAGGCUUGAAUAAUCGGCAUGAUUACAUGAUUAGAAAUGGAAUUAACAAAACAUGUAGCAUUACAUGUGUGUUUAUUUUUUGAAAAUGCCAUGAAAUAGGCUAAGUGGAAAACCGUUGCCAUUGUUGGGUGACUGAAAUAGUUUGUGAUCAGAUUAGUGUAAUCAGAUUACUGUAAUAAUUAUUUCCCUCAGCCCCGUGUGCUGCGGUCAGAUCCCAGCGACUACAGUCCUGCCAUAUUUCUCUGCACUACUAAUCUGUAUUUCACACAUGAUGGAAGGACGUUACAUUCUUUAUUUUUUUGCCAAAUAUUUUUACUACUACUUUUCAAAUCUUUAUCUUUUUAUAAGAUGUGAUAUUUAUAACAAUAAAAUGUGAUUUGGUACUUGA